AUGUGCACCUACCAAUGUAUGGAAUACAGCUGCGGUCAUAGGAGGACCAUUGUUGCGGAGUGGUGUGACCGGUAUAUAAACAAGCUUCAGUCGCACAUUCGACGUCGGCCAGAGAUACCAUACUACACCAAGAACGACCAAAUCUGCUGUUCGAAUCCUGCUCCCUCCACCUCCUCCCCGCUUACCCGUGGCAAGGAUAACCCGGCUGGCUAUCGACAACAACCACCCGCCUGUGCCGUCGAGCCCACACUUGUUGGGAACUUCGUCUCCAUGGCUACAAACGACCGACAGCUCCGCUGUUUGGACACAGGCCCCUCUCGAUGA